AUGGAUUUCAAUCAAGGACAAUUAAACUUUCAAAAAUAUGAAUCUAAGGACAAUAAUAUUAAAACUUUUUCAGAAAAAAAUAUUUUGAUUAACUUAAAUACAAACGUCGAAUCUGAAUACACCACUAUCACUUGUGAAAAAAUUACUGACCGUUUGCCCUCAAGGAUCAACUUAUCCAAUUACCCUAUAACUUCUUUGGAAAAAAAUUACUAUCUUAAUUAUUCAAAUAACCUAAAUCUAUUGAAAAAUAAAAAUUUAGACACAACUGAAUAUUUAGAAGUUAAACCACAUCUUAUUACACCAUAUGAAUGGAAAAAAAUUUCGAAAUAUCUAAAUGAAAAUGGUGUCACAAAUAUUUUUGAUAUUACUAAUUUAACUGAGGAAGACUGGAAAAAUUUUAUCAUUAACCCACAAAAUUGUUCAUUAGCUAUUGUUCCAAGAAUAUUGAAUAAAAGAUAUGAAUAUAAUUCUGUCGGAUUGCCAAUUUGGGAACUAAUUAUUGUAAAUAAAGAGAAUCAAGAUUCUGCUAUGACUAAGAAUGAAAGCUGUAACACAAAUUAUUCAGAAAAUGAAAAAUUUUAUUUCUCUUCAUCACCUUCUGUCGUAAAUCAAAAUAGUAGUUUAGAGUCUGUAGAUGAAAGUGCUUCUGCUAAGACAUAUUUUGAUUUUUUACUUGAAGAUUUGAAAAUGAAUUUCGAUUCCAUCAUUGAGCAAAAAAAACAUCUAAAGACUGACAAUAUAAAAUAUAAUUUCAAAUUUGAUUAUGUUGAUGAGCUUCUAAAUAAUUUUAAAAAAACUUUUAACAAGAAGGAAAAAAAGAUUAAACAAGUAGAUUAUAUUUGUAAAACCAGUUUUAGGAAAAAAGAAAAUUUAUAUGCAACAAUACUAGGUGAGUAUUGCCCUUGGUAUUUAAGAAGACAUAAAAUUGAAGAAUGUGAUUCCUAUGCAUAUAAAAAACAUAGGGAGCAAUUAUUUGCACAGAUUCUUAAGAAGCAGGAAAGAUCAAUACCAAGAAAACUUAAUGAAACGACACAUAAUCUGAAAUAUAAUUUAAAGAUAAUUAAUAAAAAAUUGAAUACGUUUUUUUCACAAAAAUUAUUUUUUAAAAAAAAUAUUAUGGACGUUAAUUGUAACAAUGACAUUUUAGUUGAAAAAGACGAGAAUUAUUUGAGAAAAGGACGAUUAAUUUAUAAUCCUGAUGCUUCAAACGGGUUUUUGGAAUAUUUUAAAUUAAAAUGGGAACCAAGUAUCAAACAGAUGAUUGUUGAUGAAUUAAGAGCGGAAGAGUCGAGAGAAAAUAUAUUCCAAUAUGUCAACUUUUGCGAAAGAAAGCAUUUCUUUAAAAGAUGGCUAAAUUACAAUUCAAAAAUAGAAAAAGUUGCAGAUUUUAUUCAUGAUACUUGGGGGAAUGUCUCGAAUACCGUUUGA